GUGAACCGCAGCGGCCGCUGUUACUACGGGAAGCUAAUAGAGGAGUAACGGGGAUUUUGUCGUCGGAUAACCGGACACCUCGUCUGUCUUGUGGGGGGGCCUUGAGACACGGGGGCGACGCACCAUCGAGGCGGCGAGCCCGCAGUAUCCGGACGGAGAUGCUGAAUAUGUGGAAAGUCCGAGAGCUGGUGGACAAAGCCACUAAUGUGGUGAUGAACUACUCGGAGAUCGAGUCCAAGGUGAGAGAGGCCACCAAUGACGACCCCUGGGGACCCUCCGGUCAGCUAAUGGGAGAAAUAGCCAAAUCUACCUUUAUGUACGAGCAGUUCCCAGAGGUGAUGAACAUGCUGUGGACCAGGAUGCUGAAGGAUAACAAGAAAAACUGGAGACGAGUCUACAAGGCUUUACUGCUGCUGGCCUAUCUGAUCAGGAACGGGUCUGAAAGAGUCGUCACCAGUGCCAGAGAACACAUCUACGACCUGCGGUCUCUAGAGAACUACAACUUGAUUGAUGAGAAUGGUAAGGAUCAGGGCAUCAAUGUGCGUCAGAAGGUGAAGGAGAUGGUCGAGUUCAUCCAGGACGAUGACAGACUGAGAGAGGAGAGGAAGAAAGCCAAAAAGAACAAAGAUAAAUACAUUGGAGUCUCCUCUGACAGUAUAGGAGGAGGAGGAAGUGGAGGAGGAGGAAAUGGAGAAGGAGGAGGAGGAGGAGGAGGAGGAGGAGGCGGCGGCGGCAGCGUUAAGACCUCAAAUGAGUUGGAUCGCAGUAAGUGGGAUGAGGACUGGGAUAAGAGCAGAGGAGCUUUCCCCUUUAGCGAGAAGCUCGGAGAGAUCAGUGACAAGAUCGGCAGCACCAUCGACGACACACUCAACAAGUUCAGAAAGAAGGAACGAGACGACUCGCCCGACAGAAUCAGUGACAACGAGGAGGACAGAGCGUCGAGAAACGGCAGGCAGGAAACCCUCGAGUUCAAAGAUGAGGAGGAAACUGUCACAACAAAGAGCAUCCAAAUCACACAAGCAACAGAAACCACCACCACCACCACGCGGAAACGCAGCGGAGCAACGAGCAGCAAGGCUUUGGACCUCGGUGCUGCAGCCCAUUAUACUGGAGACAAGAGCCCAGAGGAGAAGUCAUCAGUCAGGCAGUCUUCCAGUAGCGGUCUAGCUAACCUGCUAGUGAUUGACCCUUUAUCCAAUCAGAGCACUGCAACAGGUGGCAGUUCAGACCUCAUUGGUGGCUUUGCUGACUUCUCCUCUCCUGCAGCCUCUGCCAGCCUCCCAACCUCCGCUGCUGCUGCACCACCCAAUGGAAAUGGAGAAUUUGGGGACUGGAGCACUUUCUCGGCCAAUACACCAGUUUCGUCUUGCUCUGGUCCCUCCCAGCCCGUCACUGACCUGUUUGGCAGCGUCCAGUCCACCGCAGCCCCGGCCUCUAAUACUGCCCCACCUUCUACCGAGCUCUUUGACCUGAUGGGCGGAGUCAACCAUCAACUAACCAAUCCACAUACAACACUGAGUGCCUCUCAGAGCAUGACUUUCUCUCUGGGAGGUGCAACGCCAGGAUCAAUGCCAACCAUGCCCCUUUCUCGCUCUCAGCAGAGCUUGGGAGGCAUGACAUCUCAGCAGCCCAUAGGACAACAGCAGAAGGUUGGUGUUGGAGGUCCAGGAUCAUUAGGGUCAACCUGGUCUGACCCCUCCGUCAACAUUAGUCUGGACUUCCUAUCAGCAGGCCUCAACCCCACGAAGACACCGCCCACACUCAACAAUAUCAUGCAGCAACAAGGACUACCUCCGGUUAGCCUGUUGACCCAGAGCUUCGGAGGACUGAACCUCAGCUCCCCGCCCCACGUUACACCCAGCAGACCACCAGCCAAUCCCAUGAUGGCAAGCAAUGCAAUGACGAUGGGAAUGCCUGCAUCAAUGGCAUCGAGUAUGCCCCCUUCAAUGACCACCGGGACCAUGGGGAUUGGGGGAAUUCCUGUAAACCAAGGCAUGGUGGGAAUGAACAUGAGCAUGAAUAUGGGCAUGGCCACUCCAGUGAUUAUGGCUGGCAUGGGAGUGGGCCUAGCACACUCCAUCACCCCAGCCGUGGUUCCACCCAAACAGGAUGCCUUCGCUAACUUUGGCAGCUUUGGGAAAUGAAGGAGUGCAAAUGUGUGAGUGUGAGUGUGCAUGUCUGACAUUUUGAGAGUGUGAACCAGAGGACUGCUGUACUUGAAGACAACCUUGCAUGUUUCUCUCUCUGCUUCUGCUGUCUUUGGUUGAGCCGGCGCCAGUGAUCCUUCACCAUGCCAGUCUGUCGACAUGAUGUUGGAGGUUGGGGUUAGUGCCCACUGCUGCCCUUCACCCAUUUGAUGUGUGGAAUGAUGUCACACAGGAGGACGCCUGAAGAGCAGGGAAGGUGUCAACCCACAGCCGCGAGUCAUUACUUUCCUGUGUGGAAAAGCUCCUCUUUAGCUGUUUUUAUAUAUGAACUGCAGUAUGUCCUCCUCCAUUACAAAAAAUCACUGCAAAAGGUUUUUUUCUCUGUAAAUGUACAGAGAAUCAAUCAGUAGGAUUAACUCCAAUACAAAUGGCAUUGCUGCCUUCAUUUAGCAUUUUAGCCUGAGGUAUUGCAAUAAAAUGAAUCAUUUCAACCAAACUUAAUCGUAAAAUUUAAGCCAUUACAUUAUUGCCAGAGAGAACAGUAACAUAAUGUUGCUGGUGCAUACUGAAUCCGUACUCUGGCCCUCCAGCAGAGGGCAGGAUGGGUCUCUGCCUUGAGAUAACGCUGCAUCAUGGAAUUUAUUCUUGAGACAUAUUUCAGUGGAUGAAUUGCACAUUACAUCCGUUUCCUCCCCUCUCCUCUUUUUAUCAGGCCCGAAGCAGUUCUCAGUAAGUCAAUGUAAAGUAGGACACCUACAGUUUUAUUGAUGUUUAAAAGACAACAUGAGUGAAACCUUGAACUGCUCAGAACAAAUGUCCCUAAACUACUGUUGGGCUCUUUAUAUUACAAUAAUUAGUCAGUUAAAAGUUACAAUUUUCCUCUACUUUCCAUUUUGGAUGCCUCUGUCAGAUUAAUGCCUGAUAAAGGGUUCAGUCAGUAUUUUAUUUUGAAUACUAGUCAUUCAUAGUUUCUUUUGAUGCUCCUCCUGAUGUUGCUUCAGACAUGAUGUGGGACACGUGACUUUAUCUCAGCAUUGCUUUCUGACCCACAUAGAUCUCUUCUAUCUAUUGUACUUUUUCAUACAGACACUGUUUAUGGAUAGAGGUACAGAAUAAGUUUUUGUUUUUUUCAGUCUUUGCCAACAGGCUUCGGGAAAAGAGGGUCAACGAUGGUCACCAUCUACAAGACUGAACAUUACAAUCCUCUAUACUUCUUCUGUGUUUAAGGCAGUGGCUCCCCUCUCAAUGUGUGUGGGUCAACACAGCAAUGUACCUUUAAUUACAAACAAUAUUUGCCAGCAAACAUUUUUCUGCCUGCAGCUCUCUUGGUGGUCUCUUGGUGCACCUCACAAACUGGACUAGAAAAUACUCACAUGGAUUACACACAUUGGAGGACAUUUUCUUUCGUUAGCUGAGUUUUAAUAAAGGAUUUCUAAGGUUGAGAUCAAUCUAACGGGUGUUGGGGGUCUCAAGUGAAGUGUGUGUGUGUGUGUGUGUGUGUGUGUGUGUGUGUGUGUGUGUGUGAAAAGAGUAAAUGAGUGUGUGUGACUUUGUGUAUGGGUAUAGUUCUCUGUUUGAUGUGCAAACACAGCUAAGCAGAGCCUGUUGUCAUUUUCUGAGGCACUGCACUCCAAAUGACCAAAUCUUUAUUUUGUUACUCUGAGGAAUGAUUCCAUAGUUAUUAGUUUAAUACUUUUCUUAGUUUACUUGUAAGGUUAUGUUCAUACGGGAGCUACUAAUAACAAUUUAGUUAAAGGGAACCAUGUUUUUUUUGUUGUUUUUUUUCGGUACAGCUUGUUUCAUUUGAUUGUACUCUAUAUUUUCUGUACUUCAUUUGAAAUUAAAUUAUAACAUUAAAGAUUAAAUCUCCUUGUAGGCUUUUUGCAUCAUGC